CGAACGGCGACGCGGCCCACCCCCGGUUGCCAGGGAGACGUCGGGAGAUGCCGGAGCGCCCGGCGGAGGCCGGUCAGCCCCUGCCCGUACCGGCCCCUCUCGGCGGGGCUGCCGCGCCGCCCCUGCCCGUCCGCCGGGCUGAACCGGCCGGAGGGGGAAAACAUGAAUGAGGUAAAGGAGGCUCUAAGAAACAUAGAGCAGAACUACAAGCUUUUCCUGCAGCAGCAGUUUACGUUUAUCGGAGCACUGCAACACACCCGAGAGAAUGCACAUGACAUGAUCAGACCUGUGGCAAGCAUCAGCCAGGUACAGUCCUACAUGGACCAUCACUGUAACAAUUCCACCGACAGGCGUAUCCUCAACAUGUUCCUAAACAUCUGCAAUGAUCUAAGCAAGCUCUGCCACAAGCUGGAAACCGUGCAUUCUGGUAACAACAUAACCAAUAGCAUUUUGGAGAGAUGCAAGCUGCUCCUUAGCCACAGCAAUGAUCUGAGCACCAUCCGAGCUAAAUACCCCCACGAUGUUGUGAAUCACCUGAGCUGUGAUGAAGCAAAGAAUCACUAUGGAGGUGUGGUGAGCCUCAUCCCCAUCGUUCUAGACUGCAUGAAGGAGUGGGUAGCCCACAUCGAGAAGCUGCCACAGCCCAUGCUGUAUGAUGUGAGUGGUGGAAGUGCUAUCUCUCAGAAGAGGGCACCCCAGGAUGCACCAGCUAGGGCAGCCAUUUCCCAAACACCACCUUCUGUGCGCCUUGAAGCUCAGACCUCAACUAGUAACAAAGAUAAUGUACAAGUGCAAGGGAGUAAGCAUAUCCAGAAGAAAAACCUAAAUGACACAGAAAAUCACAGUGGGAAACUUAAAGGUCCCUGGAAACCACCAGGUAGACACGCCUUUUAAAGGAUCAAAGUUCAUGCAUCUUCUGCUUACCGCCUUUAAUCAGGUGGCUGAUUAAAGAUAGUGAAAUGAAUACUAGAGAUCCUUCCUAUCAGAGUCCACUUUCUGAAGAGUUAGCCCUGUAAGCCAGCCUUGGACAGGUACAUACUCUCUCCCUUGCUGACCUUUUCACUCUCCUCCUUAAAGUUGUUUCCCAACAGAAGUACCUGUAGCACUGGCGCUGGUCCCUUUGACCAGCACUGUGGUGAGAGCAGGGAACAGUCAGGAAUAAUCAGGUUUUAAUUGCUCAGAUACGAAUCUUGGGCAAGCUACUUGAAAUGGGAUUUUACACUUUCUCAGACUUCUGAGGAACACCCACUCACUCACCAAAGCCAGAGGUGUAAAGAACCUGCGUGUCUGCAGGACAUGAUGCAGAGCAGCAAAGGUCUCUCGUUAUGGAUUCAGACUUGUCCCUAAGGUUCCCUCACCCCCACUGAAAUUGCCUGGUUAUUUGGACCAAAGAAUCAAAGUUGACAGGACACUAAUGUCUCCCUUACAGGCCACUGGCUACAGAAAAGGUCAGAGUGCUUUAGCUGCACCGACUGUGCUCUCCUGCAUCCUUCUUACAGGUUCUCACACCAUUGCCAGUAUACCGUACUCAGAACAUCUUCCCUUACACCUGUUUCACUCCUUUGCUGUCAGAGCUAGAGAUGAAGUUUGUUCUCCUUUACCUUUUGCACUUAGUUUGGUGUGCUGACAAUACCCAAACUUGAAUAAACCACCCCUGUCCUCCCCAGAGCUCUUUGUUAGCAAAACUAACGAAGUCAUUUCCAGUCGACAUGAUUCAUGGGAAUCUGGUGAGAGCAAAGAGGCUGAGAAAACUGUGGCCAUUUUCAGAUCAUUCCUUUUCAAACUGCAAGUUAAAAUGUCUGUGCUUUCCCUUUUUCGCGAUGAGAAUUCAGCUUGCCUAGCUUUCAAGGAUGUUAUGAGUUCAUUAAAACUGCAAGGCAUUUGAGACAGUCUCAUGCUGCUUUUAUACCAGCACUUCGCAAUUCCAGCACAGUGACUUUAUACCAGUGCUGAAAACAGCUUUCUUUCCAGCCUGCUUAGGGAGGGUCAGCAGAGCCACGGGCUCUCCCCAUUCUCUGGAGCUGAUAUGCAUUUUUGGUGGUGCUUUUAUUCAAGCACUGUUAACUGUGUACUUAAGAUCUCAAUAACACUGUCUUCCCCGUAUCUGACUGCUUUUUUCCCCUCCCACAGGCAAAUUAGCUCCUGUUCUUUGCUUCCUGCUGGAAGACACUCCUGAAUAAACAAUUUCCCCUUGCA